UUAAAAGUGUACCAUGCCGUAAUGGAAGAUGUUAUAUCAAAUGUUCGAGAUGCAUUCCUCGAUGAUGGUGUAGACGAACAGGUGCUACAAGAAAUGAAACAGAUAUGGCGUAACAAAUUAAUGUCAAGUAAAGCUGUUGAGAUAAAUCCUGAACAAUCAGAACCGCAGCCACCACAAAUUAUAGUCAACAAUCCAAAGCCAUCAAAGGCCUCUGCGGCUAAAGCUAAAAGACAAGCAGCUAUUGCUGCAGCUGCUCAACAUAACAAUUCUUCAGCAAUAGCAACAACUAAUUCUGCAACCACAAAUUUGGAUAUAAAACCAGGUAUUGCCGGCAAUGCUGGAUCAACAGGAGGCGCAACAGUCGGAUUGACUAAUUCGUCUGGAAAUAGUAUAUCAGCACAACAACAAACAUCAGCCACUGGUCCCUUGCCAAUUGUCGCCGCACUAGAUCCAUGUCGAAUUAUGCCCGUUAAUAUUACUUUACCUGCUCAACCCGGAACCCAUAACACGGAACCGCGCGUACUUACUAUACAUGUGCCAGCCUCAGCCUUGCAAGAAAACCAACUUACACAAAUCUUAACUGCGCAGCUAAUAUCAUCUAUUAUAUCUUUGCCAACAACAUUGGCUAAUUCUGUGCUACAACAACACGUUACAGCGGCGCUACAAAAUCUUAGUAUACAGAAGUUUAAUCCAUCAAAACAACUUGAUGGUCAACUGGUGGAUACUACAGAUGAAGAGGAAAGCGAUGUUAGUGAUGACAAUAUUGAUGAAGACGAUGAGGAUAUUGAUAAGGAUGAAGACGAAGAUAUAGAAAAUGAAGAUGGAGCUGAAGAAGAACCACUUAACAGCGGAGAUGAUGUGAGUGAUGAGGACUCCACUGAUCUUUUCGAUACUGAUAAUGUCAUUGUUUGUCAAUACGAUAAGAUAACACGUUCGCGUAAUAAAUGGAAAUUCUACCUUAAAGAUGGUAUUAUGAAUAUAGCUGGGAAGGAUUAUGUUUUUCAAAAAUCAAACGGUGAUGCGGAAUGGGUACAUUUUGUGACGCAGACAAAUUCGCCAAUUUCUAAAUUUUCAAGAUUAGAUUAAUAUUUACUUCGCGUUAUUGACAUUAAAACUAUGGAUGUUAUAAGAUAAACAUGUAUAUAUAGAACUAUAAUAA